ACUAACCCAACUACUACAGCAUUGAAAACUGACAGAAAGAGACGUAAACAGGAGUCUUUUCCAUUCCUUGAAAUUUCCCAAAACACAUUCGUUAUCUUUUGUUUUCUUCGUUAUCCAUCCUCUCUGCCAAUUUCCACCUAAAGAACCCUCAAUCUGUCUGUAUCAUAUAAUUGGGAUUUUGUUUUUACAUGUAUGCUAUUUUUAUCUCUUUCAAUUUUAUUUAUUUAUUAUUUUUUAAACAAUUUGUUUCAAAUUCCAGAGUAUUUAUUGGUUUUCAAACUUUUUUCAAUUUUUGAAAGAAAUUGUAAUCUAUCUCAGACAGGAAAUCCUUAAUCUCUUUUGUUUUUUGGGUUUUUUUUUUUUUGAAAAGCCUCCUAAACUGGGUUUUGUUUUCCGAAAGCUCUUUUCCAUUGGUUUUGUUUUUUUUCUGCAAAACCCAUAAAUCUAUAGGAUUACGAUUUAAAGAUAUAGUCUUUUUGGUUAGUUUGUUUUCAAUUAGGAGUUCUUUUCUGGUGUUUUAUUAGGUAUUUUGUACAUAUUUAUUCAAUUAAAAUAGUGUUGGGUGGAAGAUGCCUGUGACAUGACACUUUUCAAUCAAGUUCAAGGCUGUUUCUGUUUUGGAUUAGGGUUACUUCUUUAAUUUUAUCAGAAGGAACAGCCGCUGUUAUGCUUAAAGCGGGACUUGGAGAUUUGGGGAUUCUAGCGAUUUGUUUUUGUUGCCUCUGUUUUUUGGCCCUUACUAUCAUGAGGAAUAGUAGUGGUGCACAACAGCAACAGCAGCAGAAGAGACCCAACAAUGGGUUUUUACCAAGCUCCUUUCGGACGAUUUCGAGCUAUUUGAGGAUUGUUUCGUCCGGGGCGUCUACGGUGGCGAGGUCUGCUGCCUCUGUCGCUCAAUCCAUUGUUGAUAGAAAUGGUGAUGGCAACAAUGAUCAGGUCAAUUGGGCCGGGUUUGACAAGUUAGAAGAUGAGGGUGAUGUGAUUCGGCGAGUUCUUCUCCUGGGUUGUCGGUCUGGUUUCCAGGUUUGGGAUGUUGAGGAAGCUGAUAACGUUUGUGACCUUGUUUCUAGACGUGAUGGCCCUGUUUCAUUCUUGCAAAUGGUACCAAAACCAAUAGCAUCAAAGAGGUCAGCCGACAAGUUUGCAGACAGCCGACCUCUUUUGGUAGUUUGUACUGAUGUGACCCUUUCUGGAGGUAGCACCUUUCAAGAUGGGUUAACUACACCAUACAAUGGGAGCACCCCUGACCCCCAUGAUCUGGGUAAUGUUAGUUUUGUGCCCACCAUCGUUCGGUUUUAUUCCCUGAGAUCCCAAUCUUAUGUACAUGUGCUGAAGCUCAGAUCAGCUGUUUAUUCUGUGAGGUGCAGCUCUCGAAUUGUUGCUAUUUCUCAAGCAGCUCAGAUACACUGUUUUGAUGUGGCGACACUGGAGAGAGAAUAUACUAUUCUUACAAAUCCUAUAGUCACUGGUUAUCCUUGUCCUGGAGGUACAGUCUAUGGUCCUCUUGCAGUUGGUCCCAGAUGGCUGGCUUAUAGCGGAAGUCCAAUUGCAGUUUCCAAUUCUGGACGUGUAAGCCCACAGCAUCUAACACCUUCUGCAAGCUUUUCUGGUUUCAAUUCAAAUGGCAGUUUGGUUGCACAUUAUGCAAAAGAAUCAAGCAAGCAACUUGCUGCUGGAAUUGUGACACUAGGUGACAUGGGAUAUAAGAAGUUGUCCAGGUAUUACUCAGAGCUUCUACCCGAUUCCAGUGGUUCCCUUCAAUCAGGGAGUCCUGGCCGGAAAGUCAAUGGUUCUGUCAAUGGCCAUUUGCUUGAUGCAGAUAACAUUGGGAUGGUUGUUGUCAGGGAUAUUGUCAGUAAAUGUGUCAUUGCCCAAUUUAGAGCACACACAAGUCCUAUUUCAGUGUUAUGCUUCGAUCCUAGUGGGACCCUUUUAAUUACUGCAUCAGUUCACGGCCACAAUAUAAAUGUUUUCAAAAUAAUGCCUGGACUCCUGGGAAGCACUGUCACAGGUGAUGCUGGUACAUCUUAUGCACAUCUUUACAGGCUGCAACGUGGAUUUACUAAUGCAGUUAUACGAGACAUUGGUUUCAGUGAUGACAGCAACUGGAUUGUGAUAAGCUCCUCAAGGGGGACCAACCAUUUAUUUGCUAUUAAUCCCUUUGGAGGGUCAGUGAACUUUCAAACUUCAGAUGCUAGCCACACCAGUAAAAAUAGUGGACUAGGUGUAAUGAUGAAGUCAUCUGUUCGUUGGCCACCUAACUUGGGCUUACAAAUGCAUGAACAACAGAGCAUUUGCGCACCUGGUCCCCCUGUUACUCUCUCUGUUAUCAGCAGAAUAAGGAAUGGAUCUAAUUGCUGGAGGGAUACAGUUACUGGUGCUGCAGUGGCUGCAGCAGGAAGGUCAGCUUCCCUUUCAGGUGCUAUUGCUUCCGCUUUUCAUAACUUCAAAGAUAACAAUGAUUUAUAUGCGGAUGGUGCCACUUUGAAGACAAAGUACGACCUUCUGGUUUUCUCGCCUUCAGGCUGUAUGAUACAGUAUGUCUUGCGAUUAUCAAUGGGUAUGGAUGCAACAACUGUUGUUUCUGGAUUAGGAACAGCUCAUGAAUCUGUUCCAGAAAGUGAUGGAAGAUUAGCAGUUGAGGCAAUUCGUAAGUGGAAUAUUUGUCAGAAACUAAACCGAAGAGAGCAAGAGGAUAAUGUUGACAUAUAUGGUGAGAAUGGGACUUCAGACAGCAAUAAGAUAUAUCCUGAAGGCAAAACAAAGGGAAAUUUUCUUCAUCCUGAAGGUAGGGGUGCAAUUACAAAAGCGAAAAUCAGCCUUGAGGAAAAGCAUCAUUUGUAUAUUUCAGAAGCUGAACUACAAAUGCAUCUACCUCGUAUUCCAUUAUGGGCUAAACCUGAGAUAUGCUUUCAAUUGAUGAUGGCGGAGGAGAUAAAAAUGAAUGGAGAAACUGGAAUUCAAGGGGAAAUUGAGCUUGAAAGGAUUCCAACUCGUUUGAUUGAAGUGAGGUCAAAGGAUUUAGUUCCAGUUGUUGACUAUCUUCAACAUGCAAGGGUUCCUGCCUUAGGCAGUAACUUUAAGGGGCGUCAGCACCAUCAAAGGUCUGUGCCGUCUGAAAGUGGCAGGCUUUCACUUAGGAGCAGCCCUGGCGCCCUUGACUGCAUGAUUGAUUACGCAGCUGUUGCCACUCCCAAACAUCAGAAUGGGGUUGAAGAAAUUGGAUGGAAUGGUCCUAGGAUGCCUGUAGAAUCUAUGGGCUUUGUAAAUGGAAGUAACAGCCCUAAAACAGAUACUUGGCUUGAGAAUGUAAAUAAUACAGAGAGCUUAAGAACAGAAGCUCAACUCAAGUUUGUAAAUAGUAACAAUUCGGGCCCAAACGCGGAGAAUCAUUUUGAAGAUGAGGGUGAUGAGUUUGAUUAGAGGAAGGUUAAUUAACCAUGUUAAUAUUUGUGGAUGGAAUUUUAGACAAGAGUGAGAAGCGCAGAGGGCUUGAACAUGAAGCGGAAAUGUGGAUACAAAGUUUGCUGGGGUUCCAGUCUUCUGUCAACAUUGUAGAUAACACAGAUAUAUAUUUUACAAUAGUCAGUUGUAAUCUGUAAAUAGAUAUAGCAUAUCCUUAUAGAACUAACUCUUGGUCUCUUUUUCUUAUUCAAUUAAAUUGAUUGCAAAUUUCAAAUGUUAUUGUUCAUGAGACACAAUUUGUGAUAUAAUGUGAUUACAGAAAGGCUUGGUUUUAUAAGUGUAUUUUCUA